AUGUGGCGUCCGGCUGUGGUGUGUGCUGUGUUCGCCGUGUGGGUGUGUGGAUUCCCAGCACCGGCAUCAUGCGGCGUUUAUUUAAAUUACAGACCCGUGAUCGGUGUUUUAGCCCAAGAGAACUUGGAAAGUGAUCAUCAAGCCAAAGGAGCCUCCUAUAUAGCUGCUUCCUAUGUGAAGUAUUUGGAGUCGGCUGGUGCCAGGGUUGUGCCCAUAAGGAUAAAUGAGACCGAAGAGGAAUAUAGCAAACUUUUCUACUCAAUAAAUGGGCUGUUGCUGCCAGGUGGAGAUGUGGAUCUUCAGAAGUCCCAGUUUAGUAGAGUGGCCAAGAUUUUCUAUGAACUAGCAAUCAAGGCCAAUGAUGCCUCUGAUUAUUUUCCAAUAUGGGGAACUUGUCAAGGCUUCCAACAGCUGACUGUUCUGACCAGCAACAAGAAUCUGCUGACAUCAACGAACACUAAAGCUGUGACCCUGCCGCUCAUCUUUGCUCCAGGAGCACAGAACAGCAGGCUUUUCAAAAGUUUCCCCAAGGACCUCCUUAAUUCACUUGCAUCGGAGAACAUCACAUCCAACUUCCACAGCUGGAGCAUGUCUACACAGAAUUUCACCCGGAAUGUCAAGCUCAAGCGCUUUUACAAAGUCCUGACCACAAACACAGACGGCAGGAAGGAGUUCAUUUCUACCAUGGAAGCUUACCAAUACCCAUUCUAUGCUGUCCAGUGGCACCCUGAGAAAAGCCCGUUCGAGUGGAUAGACAAGCCAGGCAUGGUCCACUCCAUCUCAGCCAUUACAGCCUCCUUCUACACGGCGAGCUUCUUCGUCUCUGAAGCUAUGAAAAGCCAGCACCACUUUCCCACACCGAGCGACGAGGAGAAGGCUCUUAUUUACAACUACGUUCCUGUUUUCAAAGGGUUGGACAGCAUCUUCAUUCAGAAUUACUACUUUGAUUAGACCUGUUCUUAGUACAUGAAAAUGUUAAUGUCAAAGUCCAAGCUGAUAUUUGCUUUCUCUAAUGUUUUAUUGUCAGAGCAGUAGCAUGUUCACUGUGGUCAAUAUUGAAUUAGCAUACUGUAGUUUAAUUUGAUCCUCUUUGAUUGUGCCGUUUUAUUGUGAAUGAACAGAAACUUCUGAUCUACAAUGCUUAAAUGUUUUUGCGAUCUCGUGAACUUUUUUUGCUUCUUGCUAGUUUUAGUGAUUUUUAGAGUAGGCGAUUGUUGCACGUUUAAGUUAAACCUCAUUGAAUGUAGCAGUGCUGUCCGAUGUGAGUAGCUCAGCGACAAUGUAUUAGUACUGUACUCCGGUUGUUCAACCUGUAGACCUUGUGAUCAAGACAAUCUUGCUUUCAUUCUUGAUUUGACAGCUAUUCUUGUUUCAUCAUUUAGGCAUAU